AUGAGUAGUCAACCAGCAAUUGGCAUCGAUUUGGGCACAACAAACUCAGUUAUUGCAGUUUAUCGUGAUGGAAAAGUCGACAUUUUAGCAAAUGAUCAAGGAAAUCGAGCAACUCCGUCGUGUGUGGCUUUUACGGAAACGGAGCGUCUUGUUGGCGAAGGAGCUGUGCAUCAAGCGCACAAUAAUCCUAAAAAUACGAUUUAUGGAGCAAUGCGUUUGAUUGGUCGUGAAUUUGAUGAUCCCGAUGUUUUGCGAGACAUGAAAAAUUGUCCAUUUGCUAUCAUUGAGGAAGACGAGCACCUUAAGAUUCGUGUUCAGUACAAGGGUGAGACAAAAAAGGUGUAUCCAGAGGAAGUUUUAGCUGCUAUUUUAGAUAAAAUGCGUUUAAAUGCCGAAGCUACUCUCGGAACAAAAAUCAAAGAUGUUGUCAUCACAAUCCCGGCUUAUUUCAACAAUUUACAACGUGAAGCAAUGAAAAUUGCUACAGAUAUUGCCGGAUUGAACGUCGUUCGGAUGAUUAACGAGCCCAAUGCUGCUGCUCUUGCUUAUGGAAUUGCAGGACAAAAGCGUAAAAAUGCUUUGAUUUUUGACUUGGGUGGCAGUACUUUUGAUGUCGCGGUUGUUACGAUUAAGGCAAAAGACUGUAAAGUUCGCACAAUUACCGGUGACACACAUCUCGGAGGUGAGAAUUUUGAUACUUUGAUGGUCAACCACUUUGUUGACGAAUAUUGUCGAAAGUUUGACCAAGAUAUAUCAAAAGAUAAAGAACUUUUGCGAAAUUUGAGAAUUCAUUGUGAGCGUGCCAAGCGAAUACUUUCGUCACAAACUCAGGCAACGUUUCAACUUGAGGGCACAAAGUUAGAAGGACAAAUCACACGAGCUCGUUUCGAGGACUUGUGUCACGAUUUAUUCGAAAAGUCAAUUAAAUUAGUGGAAAAAGCCUUGGAAGACUGCGAAAUGUCGAAAGCAGAAAUCGACGACGUCAUUUUGGUCGGCGGAAGUUCCCGCAUUCCCAAAAUACAAGAAAUGUUGCAGAAGUUCUUCGAUGGCAAGGAAUUGCUCAAGUCGAUCAAUCCCGAAGAAUGUGUCGCUUAUGGGGCGGCAGUUCAAGCAAAUUUCUUGCAACAAAAUCCAAAAGAAUUUAUUUUCCAAAAAAGUGAACCACUAAAAAAGUCAGUUGGCGAAAAAAAUGAAAUUGGAAUCGGAAUCGACAUCGGAGCCUCAAAAAUUGAAAUAGCUGUAUGUCGUGGAGACACAGCUGAAAUUGUUUCAAAACGUGUAUUUAGAGAAUCGACUCCAUUCUGUGUUGCUUUUAACGCAAAUGAGCGCUUAUUUGGAAACCAAGCUGAGGACCAAUUUACGUUCAAUCCGGAAAAUACCAUUUUUGGAAGAGAUGUCAAACGAAUUAUUGGAUUGCAUGUUGAUGAGCUGUUAUCCAACAAAAAUGACGUAAAAAUCAUCGAAGAAAAUGAUUGCUUGAAAUUUUUAGUUCAAUACAAAGGUUCCAAACACAAUUUUUCGCCGGAAGCUGUUCUCUUGAUGGCUUUAAGUAACGUAAAGUGUGAAAUCGAAGCCGUUUUGCAACAAAAAAUCACAAAAGCAGUCAUCACGGUGCCAUCGAUGUUCAACAGUUCCCAAAGAUUUGCCGUUAAAAAUGCUGUUCUCGCUGUUGGAAUCAAAGUUGAAAGCAUUUUAAACGACUCGACAGCUUCUGCGAUUACUUACAUGAUUGAACGGCAUGGAAGCAUCGACAAAAACAUCUUGAUUUUCGACAUGGGAGCAACUUCAACGGAUGUCGCUGUGGCUCAUUUGACUGGAAAUUUAAUUAAAAUCAAAGCUUGUGGCGGAAAUUUGGAACUGGGAGGCGACAGUUUCGUUCUUUUGUUACUCAAACACUUCAUUCAAGAAUUUGAAAGAGAAAAAUGUGUUCGUAUCAGCGAUAACAAAUAUCAAGUGGCUCGUCUUCGCUUCGAAUGCGAGAAAUUUAAGAAAAUGUUGUCAGGAAACAAGGAACCAAUUUUAGAUAUUGAUAAAUUCUACAACGACGAAACGUAUCAAUUGAGAAUGACACAAGAGUUUUUCGAAAUUCUUUGCCAAGAUUUGUUCAAAAAAGUUGAAGAAGUCAUAAACGACGUUGUUGGAGCUGCAAAAUUCGAAAUUGAUGAAGUCAUUUUCGUUGGCAAUGGCGGAAGAAUUCCAAAAAUUGAAGAGACAAUUGCGAAACUUUUUAAUAAAGAAUUAUCGAAAGUACUCAAUACAGACGAAUCUGUAGCGAUGGGAGCAGCGUAUUUUGCUGCUCGUAAUUUUUCCAAGGCUUACAGAAUAAAGUCAUUAAAUGUGAAGCAAGUUACAGCAAUUCCGCUAAAUCUCGACCUUAAAGAAAAUGGAGUAAUAACCUUGAUUCGAAGAGGAAAGUUUCUUCCAAUCAGCAGUGAAAUAACUUAUCGGACCGAAAAUGAAGUCAAAAUGUGCAUUAAAGCAGGAGAACAUAUAUUUGUUGAAGGACCUAUUAGUCGUGAAUUUCUUAUAUCAAGUGAGUUUGACAAGGAUGGGCUAUUAAAAAUGUUAUGGAUCUGCGAAAACAUUCCAGAACCUCCUUUUAUUUUGUUAAAUCAUCAAAAAAUUUCAAGCCCGAUAAUCAGCCAUAUUCAAAGAUUAGAACAAAUGUUUCAGAAGCAUGAUAUCGAAUUAAAAAAAGCAAAAGAAAUGAAAAACGAGCUCGAAAAAGUUUGCCUUAGAUAUAAACGCAAAAUAAAUUUAACAGAAAUUAAGGAACUUCUCACCGAAAAUGAAAUUAAAAAAAUUAAAAAUAUUUGUUUUGAAACUUUGGAUUGGCUGGAGGACAAUUCAUACCCAGACAUUUCAGAAAUUCAGAAAAAAACCGAAAAUAUCAAAAAUGAGUGUAAUCAUUUGUUUGAAAAGGCAAAUUUUCUAAAAGCGAUGCAACAUGCCGAUAAUCUUCUAAACGAAAAAAAUUUCCUUCAAGCAAGUUCCGUUUACCAACAAAUUUUGACCAGAUAUUUAAAUUAUUUGGAUGAAGUGCAACGAAUCGAUGUGAUGUUUAAACGAGUCUCGGCAUUAAUGGAAAUCGAAGACUUUCGUGAAAUUAUCAAAAUCCUAGAUUUAAUGAAGGAAAAUGAAGUAGAUGAUGCUACGCGUGUCAAAAUAUUCCAUAAUUGUGCAGUUUGUCAGUUCGAAUUGAAAGACUACAAAAAAUGCAUCGAAAAUGCGGAAGUUGCAUUGGCGUUGGAGGAAUGUCCGGCACUUCGUCUUCUCUUAAAAAAAGCCAUGAGACAAUAAUUUUUUUUUAAAUGCUAAAA